CUGGGCGGCUCCCGGCGCCGCGACCAAUGGAUCUCGGCCUCUGUUUAAAUAGACUCGCGCUGUCAAUCAUCUUCCUCUUCGUCAGCCUCCCCUCCACCGCCAUAUUGGCCACUUAAAAAAGGGGGCUCGCCUUUUCGGGGUGCUCUUCUCGCCCGCCUCCCCGCUCCCGCGCGCGCGCGCUCGCCCGCUCCGGACCGGGACGCCCGCCAGGUUUGGGGGGAGCCGCGGGGGUCGUGGGACCCCGCGGGCUCGCAGCGGCUGCGACUCGGCGGGGCCGGGCGCCCCCCUCCCGGCUCCCCUCGGCUCCCCGCCCUCCCGUACACUUGAUCCGCCGCGACUCGGGCCGGCCGGGGCCGGGGCUUCCCCUCGCCCCCACCCCCCGCGCCCGCGCGCUCCUGCCGCCCGCGCAGUUACUCGUCCGUGAGUGUUGCUCUUGGCGCGGCGGGCGAGCGCCGGCCGGAGGCGAGGGCUGCGGGCCGGGUCGGCGCGUCGCGGGGCUCGCCCGGGUUUUGUUUUUUCGGAUCGCGCGCGCUCUAGGCGGCCGUGCCGAGGCGGGACGAAGAUGUCAAACGUGCGGGUGCCCAACGGGAGCCCGAGCCUGGAGCGGAUGGACGGCCGGGCGGCGGAGUACCCCAAGCCGUCGGCCUGCAGGAACCUCUUCGGCCCGGUCAAUCACGAAGAGUUAACCCGGGACUUGGAGAAGCACUGCCGAGCCAUGGAGGAGGCGAGCCAGCGCAAGUGGAAUUUCGACUUCCAGAAUCACAAGCCCCUGGAGGGCAAGUACGAGUGGCAGGAGGUGGAGAAGAGCAGCUUGCCCGAGUUCUACUACAGACCCCCGCGCCCCCCGAAAGGCGCCUGCAAGGUGCCGGCGCCGGAGAGCCAGGGUGUCAGCGGGCACCGCCAGCCGGUGCCUCUGAUGGGGUCCCAGGCAAACUCAGAGGACACGCUUUUAGGGGAGCAGAAGAGCGAUGCUGCGGACAGCCAGACGGGGCUGGCGGAGCAGUGCAGGAAGCGACCUGCGGCGGAAGAUUCCAGUGCUCAAAACAAAAGAGCCAACAGAACAGAAGAAAACGUUCCCGACGGUUCCCCCAACGCUGGCUCCGUGGAGCAGACGCCCAAGAAGCCGGGGAUGCGAAGACGGCAGACGUAAAGCCAACGAACGGAGAGUCUGUUUCCUUGUUUAUCGGCUCCAUCACUGCUUGAUGAAGCAAGGAAGAUAAAAAUUUAAAAAAAUUAAAACGCGUAUUGCCGACUCCGAGGAGUGGACAUCCUGUAUAAGCACUGAAAAAGCAACAACAUGAUAACACUAAAAUGUUAGGCGUUCUUAAAUGACCCGCCUCUAAAAGCGAUGGAUGUAGCAUUGUGCAACUAGGUGUUCCUUAUUUGCUUCAUUGUACUACCUGUGUAUAUAGUUUUUACCUUUUAUGUAGCACAUACAACUUCAGGGAGGGAGGGCAGGGAGGGCUGGAGAAAUUGGCAGCAGGGGGGGGAUUCGAAGAGCUUGCUUUGAUUUAUAGCAAGGAGAAAAAAAAUAGUGGACCUGUGUUAAAACAAGCGAAUUGUUUUCUUCCUUUCGGUGAGAACUGAUACUUGAUUCCUAACUCAUCCAAAUACCAAUAUUGACUUACAAAGUGUAUUCUCAUUCCGGAGCUCUGGUAAUUCCGUUACAUGACAGUAAAUCUUUUUUUUUUUUUUAAGAAAACUUUUUCAGUGUUUCUACCCCCUACCCCCAUUCUUGCUUCAAGUUGGAAUUUACCAGUUAAUUAUUCAUCAGUUAGGAAAAAUCACUCCAGGAAAUUCUGGGCAAAAAAAUCUGGGGUGCAUCAGGGGAAUUCGGAGUGCUCAAAAAUGACCAUCUAAUUUUUACCAGCUUUGUUGAGAAAAUGUCUUUUUCAUUUUGAGCUGUGUAGACAGUCAACAUAAUUCUAAACCGUUGGCAAUUUUUUUUUAAGAUCUAGAAAUAACUUCAUUAAAAAAAUGAAAUGAUUUUUUAAUUGAAAGUGUCUCAUUUGAUUUGUUAAUUUGCCCAAAGGAAAAUGUUGUUUUUUAAAAAAGGAAAGUGCCUGGAGAGCCAGCAUACUGGUGGGGAAAAGGGGGAUGGAUACUACAUUUUUAAACAGUAUUUUUACAUUUCCUGUGUAUGUAUGAAACAAACCAUUUUAAAUGUACCUGUGUACAUAACUCUGUAAAAACACUGAAAAAUUAUACUAACUUAUUUAUGUUCAAAGAGAUUUUUUUUUUUUAAUCUAGACAAUAUACAAGCCAAAGUGGCAUGUUCUGUGCAUUUGUAAAUGCUGUGUUGGGUAGUAUAGGUUUCUUUUCCCCCUCUUCUGUUAAAUAAUACGGCUAUGCUUAAAAGAUUGCAUACUGAGCCAAGUAUAAUUUUUUUGUAAUGUGUGAAAAAGAUGCCGAUUAUUGUUACACAUCAAGCAAUCAAUAAAGAAAACUUCAUAGCUAUUCACUGA